GUGUUGCAGCUCCGCAGGACUUGCCAGAACCUCGGUUGCGUGCCGCUGUCAACAAGUCUCUAACUCUCCUGGGGGUCUCGUACCUGGACCUGUACCUCAUCCACUGGCCCGGUGCCCAAGGUUUGGAAGCCAGCAGUCCUGACAACGCAAAGUUCCGCCUGGAAGCCUGGAAGACCAUGGUGCAACUCCAUGACAGAGGUCGAGGAGUGCUAAGAGCCAUCGGAGUUAGCAACUUCACACCCAAACACUUGGACCAGAUCAUCAAGGCCACUGGAGUCCCUCCUGCUGUCAACCAGGUGGAGUUCCAUCCACACUACAGACAGCCGGAUGAGAUGUACACUCUCUGCCACAAAUACCGAAUCCUGCUCCAGGCCUACAGCUCACUAGGGGGCUCUCACAACAAAGCGUUGUUGACAGAUCCAGUGGUAGAGAAAAUUGCUGAAAAAAUUAAAGUGACACCUGCCCAGAUUCUCCUACGAUGGGCUCUACACGUAGGCUAUGCUGUUAUCCCCAAGUCUGUGACCCCGGAGUAUAUCCACAGUAACACUCAGCUGGACUUCUCCCUGUCCAGAGAAAACAUCUACGCAAUCUCUCUGCUUGUAAUACAAGAGAAGUACGCUUGGGAUCCUGUCACUGUCUUUUAAUUGUCCACACAAUUUUUUAACAUUGUUUCCUUUUAUCAAAGUUUUAUUAUUUAUGAAUAAAUGUAUUUUUUUAUUGAUUCUA